CCUGUAAACCAAUUACAAUAUAAAUGGAGUAUCUAUAACAGCUUAUGAUUUAUGCAAUUUUUGAACGUAUUUAACAAGGAAAAGAUAAAUUAGGGUCAUGAUAAAGGCUUUUUUUUCCAAAUAGUGGUAAUCAAAAGUAACGCUUUAAAAUAAGAUAAUUGUAUUCUGUUAAUCAACAUUUUGAUGACUAAGGUUAAAAGUACCAAAUAAAAAUUUGUAACGUAUGUCACGAGGCAAUAUUACAGUACAAGAAUCAUGGCGCAAGCGAUGGUAAGCAUCACAAAUGAAUCAACCCAUCACAUGGCAUCUUGUCAAGAAAAUUCCGAUGAAGAUUUAUUCUUCAAAACUAUAGAUGAAGCUACAAAAAUCUGGCUUAAAACUUUGUAUCAUAUGUGGAAAUUAUGGAAAAAAUCUACAGCAAUUAACAAAAUAUUAUUUGAUUAUUUUGAUACCGCUCCAAAUCCUUAUUUGAGUACAUUGAGGAUUUUAGUAAAUAUACCAGAUUUUAAACAAGCAAAAGCAGGAUCGACUCUUUCCUUUACAGUUAUAGAAGAAUUUUCAAAAUGGUUAGUACUUCAAAAGGAUAACUAUAAGGAAUGUUUGGUUCCUGAUAUGAAAAUAGCAGCUUUUAAAUUACUCAAUCUUCAUAAAAAUAUACAAUUUGUUAAAAUGGUCUCAAAUAUAUAUGAAUUUAUUGAACAUAAAGAAUUGUUUUUAGAAAUGAUUCAGAGUAUGAUCGAUAAAAAAAAGUAUAAAGAAGCGGCACAAUAUAUAACUAUGUUAAAGUUACAGUCAUGUUAUGAUGAUCCAGAAGUACUAUUACUGCCUCUUAUUUUACAAAAUAAGUUAGUUAUUGUAGAAGAUUUUUUAUUUGAAUAUCCAAAUAUACAGAAAAUAUUGAUAUCGUACUUGGAUAAUUUAGUCGCUCUAGGAAAAGAUAUGGGUAAUAAAUUAGAUCAAUAUAUUCAAGAAAAUGAUAUACCUGACUUCAAAGUUGAAACAAUACAAAUGCGACCACUAACAAAAUUAAUAUCGCGUUUUGUUAAGCUUUAUAAUAUUCCACCAGAAUUGUGUCCAAACUUAAAUCGAAGACAGAAUAAAGGUGCAUUACAAUUUCUCAUUCAUAAACGGUUUGAUGAUAAAAGCUUAAAUACUGAAAGUUGGAGAGAAAUGAUAAAGGAAGCAGUAGGAAAUGACAAAGAGUUGCAAUUAGAGUGUGUCAAAUUAUUAUCCUGGUUAGGUGAGACUAAAGAAAGUUUCUACUGGGCUAAAACGUUUAAUAUUCCUAAAGUUAAAUGGUCAUGGGACAUUUGUUUACACGCAGAUAAUCAUCCUGAUGAUAUAAAUGCGGGUGCUUCUACUAGCAAAGAGGAAAAUUGCGAGGACAGUUCAGCUCAGUAUCAUACUUUAAAAUUACCUAGAGACGCAAUUAAACUUAUAGAUAAUCCAAGAAAGUUUGAAGAAUUUCUUAAUAAUGGUUUAAGUGGAAUUAAUAUUGUUGGUAUUGAUUCUGAGUGGAAACCAACUUUUGGUAUUAAAAAGACCCAAUUAGCUCUAAUACAAAUAGCAACCAAGACAAAUGCAUAUAUAAUAGAUGUUAUUAGUAUAGGAAGCGAACUUGAUCAAUUAUGGACAGAAUUCAAUUUAUUGUUAUUCGAAAAUAAACAUAUCUUAAAACUAGGUUUUGGAAUAGCUAACGAUAUAUUAAUGAUACGCAGUUGUCUACCAGCUAUUUCAAGUAAACUUAAUGGACAAGGCUAUAUAGAUAUAUUAUUUUUGUGGAGAAAGCUUGUAAGUAAAUACAAGUUCGAAUUUCCUCAUAAAGGUGAUACAAAUUUUACGAAUGAAAGUUUAAGUAAGUUAGUAGAAAUAUGUCUUGGGGCAAAGUUGGAUAAAUCAGAUCAAUUUUCCAACUGGGAGCAACGGCCACUAAGGGAAAGUCAAAUAAAAUAUGCCGCAUUGGAUGCAUAUUGUCUCUUGGAAAUCUAUGAAACUUUGGCGAAUAAAUGCAUAAUAGAAGACAUACCAUUUCAUGAUAUUUGUACAGAGUUACAGCACAUUCCAAAUACAAAUAGCAAAAAAUCUCCUACAAAAUGUCCUAAAAAAUCUCCAAAUAAAUUAAAACUGGAAUCAGCUCCUCUCCCUAGCAAAAAAGAAAAUUCUCAAAAUGAGGGUAAUUUAAAACAAUCGAAAAAAGUUCAACGAAAGUAUUAUCGUGUUCCAAUACGUAAAAAUUUCAAUCUGCAAGAAAGUAAAGAAAAACAACUAUCUCUUGUAUAUUCACAAGAUCAAUCUCUGGUAUAUACACCACCAACACCAACACCACCACCACCACCACCACCAAAUCAAUCCAUCGUAAAUCCACAAAAUCAUCCUAUAGCAGCACAUAAAUGGCGUGUUGUAUGUGAUACAAUGUUGGGCGGUUUAGCAACUAAAUUACGUAUGUGUGGAUGCGAUUGUUUAUAUUUGUUUGAUAAGGGGGGAGAACGAACUGCUAAAUUAGCAGUGGAAGAUAAUAGAAUUUUAUUAACACAAAGGCGUAAGCAAUAUUUACCAUUAACGUAUUGUUAUAAAGUUAUUUCAACCAAACCUAAUGAGCAAUUGCGUGAAGUGUUAAACCAUUUUUCUGUCAUUGUUACACAAAGGGAUAUAUUCAGUCGAUGUCUAAUUUGUAAUAGUGAUGAAUUUGUUGAAGUUCCGAGAGCCUCGUUUGAAAAACUUGUUGAAAGUUAUAUGAAAAUAAUUAAGCAACAAAAUAAUCAUUGUGUUAAAUUUGAUGGAGUUUUGCCUGGAAAUAAAAAACAAAUACAUCAUGAUACUAACAAAAUCGAUAAAGUUAGUAGUAGUAAUGAUAAAUAUAGGAAACAAAAUCGUGAACGCAGAUGGAUUCUUAGUAGAAAUACUAUAAAUAUGGAAACGUGUACAACCGUAUAUAAUAUCCCAGUACAAUUUAAUAAAGUUCCAUUCCAAACACCGAGGAGUAUACAAUUAUUUUAUAUCUGUGAACAUUGCGGAAAUAUUUAUUGGAAUGGAACACAGUCAGAGAGAAAACUUAACUCCACUUUUAAAGACUUGAUUAUAAAGGAAUAAUAAGAAAUAUAACAUACGUAUAUGUUUAAAUGUGAGAUAGAUUCUCGAAGAAAAUAUACUUGAGGACUAAUAUGAAGCACAAAUCAAAAUUGUCCUUAUCGGUUAACAACUUCGAGCCAACGAUAAGUAAUUGUUCCUAGUAUUUACAGCGCCAAUUGUAUAGACGCUUUACUGUCACUGGUACCCUGAUUCGAAUAUAUUGUUUAUAUAUGAAGAAAGGCAGAAAAUAUUAUCAUAGUAUAUCUCGUUAUCGUUCUUCCUUGCAUUUAUAAAAUACUUUGACCCAUUUGCUUCUGAGCUCUAAAUAGAUUUUACUAGUCCAUUCACUGGUUUUAUUUUUAACUAUUUUCCUUCCAGCGAAUGGACUAUGUUAUUAUUGCAUUAACAGCUUUCAAUUUUUAUAUCCAGUGCUUGAUAAUAAGUGACAUAUAAAAAUAUGUUUGCAAAUUGCAGAAUGCAAUUUACAGAUGCAAACGGGUUAAUAUGAAUGAAUAACAUAUUUUCAUUGAGUCUAUUUCAUUUCAUUCGCGAAUGUAUAAUUGCACUUUUGUUUCAAGAAAGAUACCCUAAUUGUAAUAUUGAAAAUAUGAAAUGUUGAAUAGAUUAUAACGCAAUAUACAGAUAUAUAUCUUAUAUAUCUGUUAUUGAGACAAAUUUUUAAUAUAUUUGAAAAAUAAUAUUAUUAUUUAAAGAUUUUUAACGAUUAGUGAUUGAACAGAAAUAAUUGAAAAAUUAGUCAUUUUGUAUACGCAUUUGUACGUGUUUUUGUUGUUUGUUUAGAAGUACAAGAUAAUGCGAUUUUAAUUUUAUAUAUAUAUAUGAUGGAGUAUAUUUUAAUUACUCAAAUAAUAUAUAGCGAUUGUACAUGUAUUAUUGUACAAAAUCAACUUGUAUUUAUAUUUUUUAUCAAUUGAAAACAGAUGAAUAUGCGAUGACAAAUUUUGUAUGUAAUAAAUUGUUUUAUUUUCAGUUUUUUAAAUUGUACGAGAUGUAGGUUCAAAUUUAUGUAUGUGAAGAUGAUUAACAAACUGAUAAUAAUUACAAAAAUGUAAUCAUUUAUAGAAAUAUAAUUAUUCUUUUUACUUUAUAAUGAAAAUUAUAAGAUACUGGUAAAAAUGUUGACUUUGUUCCUUAGAGUAGAUGAUGACAUAAUGAAAAACAGCAUUAAUAAUUUAUCAAUUUUAUUAUAAUUUUUUUCUUUAUU